CAGUCAACAUGAGCACCGCAGGCAAAGUCAUUAAAUGCAAAGCAGCAGUCCUGUGGGAAGCCAAUAAACCGUUUUCUAUUGAGGAAGUAGAAGUUGCCCCACCAAAAACACAUGAAGUUCGCAUAAAGAUCGUGGCAACAGGGAUCUGUCGUUCUGAUGACCAUGUGGUGACUGGUGCGCUGGUUAUGCCUUUUCCAAUCAUUCUUGGGCAUGAAGCAGCUGGUGUUGUGGAGAGUGUUGGGGAGGGAGUAACUUCGAUGAAACCAGGAGACAAGGUGAUUCCACUCUUUGUUCCGCAGUGUGGGGAAUGCAGCAGUUGCUUAAGCACCAAGAGUAAUCUGUGCAGUAAAAAUGACAUUUGUUCAGCUGCUGGAUUAAUGCCUGACGGCACCACUAGGUUCACCUGUGAAGGCAAAGCAGUUCACCAUUUUAUCGGCACGAGUACCUUCACUGAAUACACCGUAGUGCACGAAUCUGCUGCAGCCAAAAUCGAUUCUGCUGCUCCUCUCGAAAAAGUUUGUCUCAUUGGCUGUGGAUUUUCAACUGGUUACGGGGCUGCUGUGCAGACUGCCAAGGUGGAACCAGGCUCUAUCUGUGCUGUCUUUGGCCUCGGAGGAGUUGGCCUCUCUGUUGUCAUGGGCUGCAAGGCAGCUGGAGCUUCCCGCAUCAUUGCCGUUGACAUCAACAAGGAUAAGUUUGCCAAGGCCAAGGAGCUGGGAGCCACUGACUGUGUCAACCCUAAAGAUUUCAAGAAGCCUGUGGAGGAGGUGCUCACUGAGAUGACCGGCCAUGGCGUGGACUACUCCUUUGAGGUCAUCGGCCGUACCGAAACCAUGACUGCAGCCUUGGCCUGUUGCCACAACAACUACGGAGUCAGUGUGAUCGUGGGAGUGCCCCCUGCGGCACAGAAGAUCUCUUUUGACCCCAUGCUCCUCUUCACUGGUCGCACCUGGAAAGGGUCCGUCUUUGGAGGCUGGAAGAGUAAAGAUUCAGUCCCUAAACUAGUUGCUGACUACAUGAAGAAAAAAUUUGUUCUAGAUACAUUAAUAACCCACACACUUCCUCUCACUAAAAUCAAUGAAGGAUUUGAACUCCUAAGGACAGGGAAGAGUAUUCGCAGUGUCCUGCUGCUUUAA